AUGGCCGCGAACGUGGUGUGGAUGCUUCUGGGUUCCACAGCGCUCUGGCUCUCUCUGCUCGGCGGCGGGACGGCCUCCGCGUCCAAGGCGGUGACGGCCCACCUGGCCGCAAAGUGGCCCGAGACCCCGCUGCUGCUGGAGGCGAGUGAAUUUAUGGCAGAAGAAAGUAAUGAAAAAUUUUGGCAGUUUUUGGAAACUGUACAAGAAUUAGCAAUUUAUAAGCAAAGAGAAUCAGAUUAUUCUUAUUACAACUUAAUCCUGAAGAAAGCUGGACAGUUUUUAGAUAAUUUACACAUCAAUCUCUUAAAGUUUGCUUUCUCUAUAAGGGCAUACUCUCCAACUAUUCAGAUGUUUCAACAGAUUGCAGCUGAUGAGCCACCACCAGAUGGUUGUAAUGCAUUUGUGGUUAUACAUAAGGAACACACCUGUAAAAUUAAUGAGAUUAAAAAGCUGCUGAAGAAGGCUACUUCAAGGCCCAGACCGUAUCUGUUUAAAGGAGAUCAUAAAUUUCCUACAAACAAAGAGAACUUACCAGUGGUUAUUCUCUAUGCAGAAAUGGGUACUAGAGCAUUUGGCUCAUUUCACAAAGUAUUGUCUGAAAAAGCUCAAAAUGGAGAAAUUCUGUAUGUUCUUCGCCAUUAUAUUCAGAAACCAAGCUCACGGAAAAUGUACUUAUCUGGCUAUGGUGUAGAACUAGCAAUUAAGAGUACAGAAUACAAAGCAUUGGAUGAUACCCAAGUUAAAACUGUGAUUAAUACUACUGUAGAGGAUGAGACUGAAACAAAUGAAGUUCAAGGAUUUCUUUUUGGGAAACUAAAAGAAAUAUAUUCAGAUCUUAGAGAUAAUCUGACAGCAUUCCAAAAAUACCUGAUUGAGAGUAACAAAGAAAUGAUGCCUUUGAAAGUCUGGGAACUACAAGAUCUUAGUUUUCAAGCAGCUUCUCAAAUAAUGUCCACUCCAGCUUAUGAUGCCAUUAAACUAAUGAAAGAUAUUUCACAGAACUUCCCCAUAAAAGCCAGAUCUCUGACCAGAAUUGCUGUAAAUCAACGUAUGAGGGAGGAAAUACAGGAAAAUCAAAAGUAUCUCCGAGAUAGAUUUGAAAUUCAGCCAGGUGAUGCUCAUCUAUUUAUAAAUGGCCUGCCUCUUGAUAUGGAUGUUUAUGAUCCUUUUAGUAUUUUGGAUAUGCUGAAAUUAGAAGGAAAAAUGAUGAAUGGACUUCACAAUCUUGGGAUCAAUCGGGAAGAUAUGAGUACCUUUUUAAGAUUAAAUUCACACGUUUCGGAACAUUCCUAUGUGUUAGAUAUUCGGCAUUCUUCUAUAAUGUGGAUUAAUGACUUAGAAAAUGAUGGUUUGUAUGUUACAUGGCCUACAAGUUGCGAGGAACUUCUGAAGCCCACAUUCCUUGGAAGUAUACCUUCCAUAAGGCGUAAUUUUCAUAAUUUGGUUCUAUUUAUUGAUCCUGCUCAAGAAUAUACCUUGGAUUUUAUGAAACUUGCUGACCAUUUCUAUUAUCAUAAAAUUCCUCUUAGAAUUGGUUUUGUGUUCAUUCUUAAUACAGAUGAUAAAGUUGAUGGAACAAAUGAUGCCGGAGUUGCUCUUUGGCGAGCUUUCAACUAUGUUGCAGAAGAACAUGAUGUGUCAGAAGCAUUUAUUUCCAUAGUACAAAUGUACAAAAAAGUGAAGGGUCAAAAUAUACUCACUGUGGACAAUGUUAAGAGUGUUCUCCAAAAUAAAUUUCCUCAUGUUAAUAUUUGGGAUAUUUUGGGAAUUGAUUCUAAAUAUGAUAAAGAAAGAAAAGCUGGAGCAAACUUUUAUAAGAUGACUGGCCUGGGUCCUUUGCCUCAAGCUCUUUAUAAUGGUGAACCCUUUAGCCAUGAAGAAAUGAAUAUUAAAGAACUAGAAAUGGCUGUUCUUCAAAAAAUGAUGGAUGCAUCUGAAUAUUUACAACAAGAAUUUUUAAUGGACACAUUAAAUGAUCAAACAGAGGCAAUUGAUUUUCUAAUGGAUAAGGAUAAUGUUGUGCCCCGUAUAAAUUCUUUGAUUUUGCACAGUAAAUAUCAGUACCUUAAUUUAAUAUCUACAUCAGUAACUGCUGAUGUUGAAGAUUUUUCUACUUUCUUUUUCUUGGAUUCACAAGAUAAGAGUGCUGUAAUUGCAAAGAACAUGUAUUAUUUGACCCCGGAAGAUGAUGAUGUAAUUUCUACAGUCACUCUCUGGAUUAUUGCUGAUUUUGAUAAGCCAUCUGGGAGAAAACUGCUUUAUAAUGCAUUAAAGCACAUGGAAACAAAUGAUUAUAGUCGUUGGGGGCUUAUUUAUAAUCCUUCAUCAAAAAUAAAUGAAGAGAACACAGCCAUUUCUAGAGGAAUUCUGGCAGCUUUUCUUACACAGAAAAACAGCUUUUUGAGAAGCUUUCUCAGGAAACUGGCAAAGGAAAACACUGCUACAGCUGUUUACUCUGGAGACAAAAUUAAAACAUUUCUUACUAAGGGGAUGGAUAAGAAUGCUUUUGAGAAAAAAUAUAAUACCGUUGGAGUGAAUAUUUUCCGAACUCACCAGUUGUUCUGUCAAGAUGUACUUAAAUUGCGUCCUGGGGAAAUGGGUAUUGUCAGCAAUGGGAAAUUCUUAGGACCUUUAAAUGAAGAUUUCUAUGCAGAAGAUUUUUAUUUGUUGGAAAAGAUAACAUUUAGUAGUUUAUUAGAAGAAAUUAUAGACAUUGUUGAAAAUAUGGAAAUCGACCCAAAGAACGUGAGUGACUUUGUUAUGAAAGUUGAUGCCCUUGUCUCCUCUUUGCCCAAGGGUAAAUCUCGGUAUGAUGUUACGUUUCUUAAAGAGAGUUACAGCAUUAUAAAAAUAAAUCCACAAGAGAAUGACGUGUUCUUUGAAGUCAUUGCUAUUGUUGAUCCAUUGACAAGAGAAGCACAGAAAAUGGCACAGUUAUUAGCCGUACUUGGCAAGAUUAUCAACAUGAAGAUAAAGUUGUUCAUGAACUGUAGGGGUAAGCUUUCAGAAACCCCUUUAGAAAGCUUUUACCGUUUUGUUCUGGAACCAGAACUGAUGUCAGGGACGAAUGACAUUUCUUCUCUUGGACCAGUGGCAAAAUUCCUGGAUAUCCCUGAAUCACCCCUUCUAACCCUCAACAUGAUUACUCCAGAAGGCUGGCUGGUUGAAACAGUAUACAGCAACUGUGACCUUGAUAAUAUUCGCUUGAAGGAUACCGAGAAAACUGUUACAGCAGAAUAUGAACUAGAAUAUCUGUUACUUGAAGGACACUGCUUUGAUACAAUGACAGAAAAACCUCCUCGGGGUCUGCAGUUUACAUUAGGCACAAAAAAUAAACCUGUUAUGGUUGAUACAAUAGUGAUGGCCAAUCUUGGAUAUUUUCAGUUAAAAGCAAACCCUGGUGCUUGGAUACUGAAAUUACGCCAAGGAAAAUCUGAAGAUAUUUAUCAAAUAGUUCGGCAUGAAGGAACUGACUCUGAACCAGACCUAGAAGAUGUCAUUGUUGUAUUAGACAGCUUCAAAAGCAAGAUCCUGGAAGUACAAGUACAAAAAAAACCAGACAAAAUUAAGGAAGAUAUCCUUACUGAUAAAGAUGAAAAAACCCAAGGAAUAUGGGAUUCCAUUAAAAGUUUUACAAUAAGUUUGCGUAGAGAAGAAGACAAAAAGGAACAAGACGUUCUGAACAUUUUUUCAGUUGCUUCUGGCCAUUUAUAUGAACGCUUUUUAAGAAUUAUGAUGCUUUCUGUUUUACGUAACACCAAAACAACAGUGAAAUUCUGGUUUCUAAAAAAUUAUCUGUCACCAACAUUUAAAGAGGUAAUUCCUCACAUGGCUGAGGAAUAUGGAUUCCAAUAUGAACUAGUCCAGUAUAAGUGGCCCCAUUGGCUUCAUCAACAGACUGAAAAACAGAGGAUUAUUUGGGGUUACAAAAUUCUUUUCCUUGAUGUCCUUUUUCCACUAGCAGUGGACAAAAUCAUUUUUGUUGAUGCUGACCAGGUUGUGAGACAUGACCUAAGAGAACUUCGAGAUUUCGAUCUGGAUGGAGCUCCUUAUGGGUAUACUCCAUUUUGUGAUAGCCGCACUGAAAUGGAUGGAUAUCGUUUUUGGAAAACAGGGUACUGGGCAUCACAUCUUUUAAGAAGGAAAUACCAUAUCAGUGCCUUAUACGUGGUGGAUCUCAAGAAGUUCAGGAGAAUUGCAGCAGGUGACAGGCUCAGGGGCCAGUACCAAGUCCUCAGUAAAGAUCCAAACAGUCUUUCAAACCUAGAUCAGGAUCUUCCCAAUAAUAUGAUUUACCAAGUUGCCAUUAAGUCUCUUCCUCAAGACUGGCUGUGGUGUGAAACUUGGUGUGAUGAUGAAUCCAAGCAAAGAGCCAAAACAAUUGAUCUGUGUAAUAAUCCCAAAACAAAAGAACCCAAAUUAAAAGCUGCUGCCAGGAUUGUCCCAGAAUGGGUAGAGUAUGAUACUGAGAUCCAACAACUAUUAAAUCAUCUUGAAAACAAGAAGAAAAAUAAAAUUUUGACACACGACGAACUCUAGUAUUGACGUAUGAAGAUGAAAGUAUGACAAGAAAUCUGCCACCUGCUGGGAAAAUGUGG